AUGGGUCUCUUCACUCGCAAGGAAAAGGCCCCAAAGGCGGAACCUCCCCUCCACAGUACCUAUUCUACCCCCAGCGUCAACUCGAACGCCUCGCGCGGGAUGAUUAACCGCAUCUCAGCCAGCAGCGUCGGUCCUAUCAGCCCCCUGUCCUCCAAGGCGCCCUUCAAGAUGCCAAAGAUCGAUCUCCCCCGACCACCGGACCCCCAACUCGACCCCGCCGGAUACCUACGAAGCUUGGGCGCAGUGCGAGAGCGAAGCAAGAUCGUAUUCGAGAAGGCCACGCGGAACAGUUUGUGUCACUUCGAUGUGGACAUGGGCAAGAUGUCUGAUGUCGUCACAUUCGUUUCCCAAUUAAUCAAGAGAGACUACGAUGCCCCUUUCACAAGCAUCCCCAGUCACGGCCGGUACCAGCACUUCUGUGUCGGCGGUCGUGAUCGUAUUGCUCAGCUUUUGUCCACUUGGCCCGAGGAGGUUGACAACACCGAACGAUGCCGUCGCUUAGUUGAUCUUUUCGUCAUCAGCGUGCUUAUCGAUGCCGGCGCGGGGACUGAAUGGAGUUAUAAGAGCGCUGAGAACGGUCGCAUGUACAGGCGUUCUGAGGGUAUUGCCGUGGCCAGUCUGGAGAUGUUCAAGAGUGGAUUGUUUUCUGGAAAUUCAAAGAACAGGGCACAAGUUGACAAGGAUGGUCUUCGAGGUUUGACUGCAGAGAAACUGUCCGCCGGUCUUCAAUCGCGCCCAGGGAAUGUGAUGGCUGGUCUGGAGGGCCGCACUGAGGUUCUCAUCAGGCUCGCAGAUUGUUUGGCUGAGAAGACCGACUUCUUUGGGGAAGAUGGUCGACCUGGAAAUAUGGUUGAUCACUUGCUCGGCCACCCGUCCACGCAAGCUUCAUCCCAGCUUAUCGUCCCCCUUCCCGUCCUAUGGAACGUUCUCAUGAAUGGCUUGUCACAAGUCUGGCCUCACUCGCGCACAUCCAUUAACGGCAUCUCGCUCGGAGAUGCUUGGCCAAGCCAAGUAAUGUCAAAGUCGACAGGGGGUUGGGAAUCGAUCCUGCCAUUCCACAAGCUCACGCAGUGGCUCGCAUACUCGGUUAUGCAGCCCAUGCAAUCAUUACUCAAGAUGCAUUUUGCCGGAACCGAGUUGCUGACUGGACUUCCCGAGUACCGCAAUGGUGGUCUGUUCGUCGAUAUGGGACUCUUGACAUUGAAGAAGGACGACACCGAGCGCGGUCUCCAGAAUUAUUCCGACUACUGCAGGCGUACUGGCUCCAAGGGUAUCGAAGUGGCCCCCAUGUUCGAGCCCAGUGACGACGUGAUUGUGGAGUGGAGAGGCGUUACCAUUGGACUUCUUGACCAGCUUUGCGUCGAAGUCAACAGAGCUUUGAAGAAGGAGUUGGCAGGACAGGAGUUGACGUUGGCACAGUUGUUGGAAGCUGGUAGUUGGAAGGGUGGCCGUGAGUUGGCUGAGAUCAACCGACCCAACACCAAGGAGCCACCGAUUCUCAUCGACACCGAUGGGACGGUCUUUUGA